CAUUUGUUAAAGCAGUAGGGAGUUUCUGCAAGGGUCUGGAUUGGAGUUUCACAGACCGGACCCUACGUGUAUGAUUGAGGACACAAACAGGAUUUCCCUUGCCUCAAAGAGUCUACAUGUCUAAUAUUUAGACAUGUUCAGCUUUGUGGAUAUCCGGUUAGGGCUGCUGCUCUCCGCAGCAGUACUUUUGGUGAGAGGACAAGGAGAGGAUGACAUCUCAUACGGUAGCUGUUCGUUGGACGGUCAGUCUUACAACGACAAGGAUGUAUGGAAACCUGAGCCAUGCCAAAUCUGUGUCUGUGACAGUGGAACCAUUAUGUGCGACGAGGUGAUCUGUGAGGAUACAUCCGACUGUGCCAACCCAGAGAUUCCCGACGGAGAAUGCUGCCCCAUCUGCCCCGACGAUGGAGAAGAGUUCCCAGGAUAUGUGCCUCCAGAUCCUGAUCCUAAGACUCCUGGCUCUCCUGGACCAAAAGGUGACCCGGGUCUUCCAGGUUCUCCUGGUAAUGAUGGCAUUCCCGGAGAGAAUGGACUCCCUGGACCUCCUGGUCCUCCUGGAACCCCUGGAAUUCCUGGCCUUGGUGGCGGAUCUUUCCUCUCCCAAAUGGCUUAUGGCAGUGAAAAAUCCAGCGGCCAAGCUGUUCAAGGAUCACCAGGCCCCAUGGGUGCCCGUGGCCCUCCAGGACCCUCAGGUUCACCUGGCCCUCAGGGAUUCACUGGCCCCCCAGGCGAACCUGGUGAGCCUGGUUCUCCUGGUCCAAUGGGUACUCGCGGCAGUGCUGGUCCUCCUGGAAAGAACGGAGAAGACGGUGAAGCUGGCAAAUCAGGUCGCCCUGGUGAGCGUGGACCUGCUGGCCCUCAGGGUGCUCGUGGGUUCCCUGGAACCCCAGGACUCCCCGGCAUCAAGGGACACAGAGGUUUCUCUGGUCUAGAUGGAGCUAAGGGAGAUGCUGGCAUUGCUGGACCUAAGGGAGAGGCUGGUUCCCCGGGUGAGAGUGGUACUCCUGGAGCCAUGGGCCCUCGUGGUCUGCCUGGUGAGAGAGGCCGCCCUGGUUCCCCUGGCCCUUCUGGCGCUCGUGGUAAUGAUGGCAACACUGGUGCUGCUGGACCUCCUGGACCUACUGGCCCAGCUGGUCCUCCUGGAUUCCCUGGUGGUGCUGGUGCUAAGGGAGAGACUGGCACUGCUGGCGGCCGCGGUUCAGAGGGACCUCAAGGAGCCCGUGGUGAGCCUGGCAACCCUGGACCUGCUGGUGCCUCUGGCCCUGCUGGUGCUCCUGGAUCUGAUGGUGCACCUGGUGGCAAAGGUUCUCCUGGUGCUGCUGGUAUUGCUGGUGCUCCUGGUUUCCCUGGUUCCCGUGGACCAGCUGGAACCACUGGCCCUAGUGGUGCACCUGGCCCAAAGGGUAACAACGGUGAUCCUGGUCUCCAAGGCCCUAGAGGAGAAGCUGGUCCUAAGGGAGAGCCUGGCCCAGCUGGACCUCAAGGUCUUUCUGGACCUGCUGGUGAGGAGGGAAAGAGAGGAGCUCGUGGUGAGCCUGGUGGUGCUGGACCAGUUGGACCUCCUGGAGCUCGUGGUGCACCUGGCAAUCGCGGUCUUCCUGGUUCUGAUGGAGCACCUGGCCCCUUGGGUUCCAAUGGUGAGCGUGGAGCCAAUGGACCAAUGGGAGCUCAAGGAGCUUCUGGAGAGGCUGGCCGCCCAGGAGAGCCAGGUUUGCCUGGAUCAAGGGGUGUGACUGGUGCCCCUGGAAGCCCUGGCCCUGAUGGCAAAGCUGGACCUGCUGGUGCACCUGGACAAGAUGGCCGCCCUGGACCCGGAGGACCUUCUGGAUCUCGUGGUGCACCUGGUGUGAUGGGAUUCCCUGGUCCCAAGGGAACUGAUGGUGAGGCUGGUAAGCCCGGUGAUAGAGGUGUUGCUGGACCCCCUGGUGCCUUGGGCGCUCCUGGCAAAGAUGGUGAUAUUGGUGCUCCUGGUGCCUCAGGACCUGCUGGACCCCCUGGAGAGAAGGGAGAACAGGGAUCCGCUGGUUCCCCCGGAUUCCAGGGUCUUCCAGGUACACAGGGUGCCACUGGUGAGAGUGGAAAACCUGGUGAUCAGGGUGCUCCUGGAGAGGUUGGUCCUUCUGGUCCUGCUGGCCCAAGAGGUGACAGAGGUUUCCCUGGUGAACGUGGUGGACCUGGAUCUGCUGGUCCUAUUGGUCCUCGUGGAGCCCCUGGUUCUCCUGGUAACGAUGGUGCUAAGGGAGAGCCUGGUGUUGCUGGAGCCCCUGGUGGUGUUGGUCCUUCUGGAUUGCAGGGAAUGCCCGGAGAGCGGGGUGCAGGUGGCAUGCCUGGAGCAAGAGGAGACAGAGGAGACGCUGGACCCAAGGGCCUUGAUGGAGGUCCUGGCAAGGAUGGCCUGCGUGGUAUGACCGGCCCUAAUGGACCUCCUGGACCCAGUGGUGCUCCUGGUGAGAAGGGAGAGCCUGGUGGUGCUGGCCCUCCAGGACUGACUGGUUCUCGUGGUUCCCCUGGUGAGCGUGGAGAGGUUGGUGCCCCUGGACCUGCUGGAUUUGCUGGACCCCCUGGUGCCAAUGGUCAGCCUGGCUCUAAGGGAGAGACUGGUGACUCUGGACCCAAGGGUGAUGCUGGAGCUCCAGGACCUCCUGGACCCGUCGGAGGUUCUGGCCCACAGGGACCUGCUGGUGCUACUGGAGCUAAGGGUGCUCGUGGUGGUGCUGGACCUCCUGGUGCCGCUGGAUUCCCUGGUGCUGCUGGCAGAGUUGGACCUCCAGGUCCUUCUGGUGUUUCUGGACCACCUGGCCCAAUUGGUCCUGCUGGUAAAGAAGGGCAAAGAGGUGCCCGUGGUGAUAAGGGACCUGCUGGUCGCCCUGGUGAGGCUGGUGCUGCUGGACCCCCAGGACCAUCUGGAGAGAAGGGUAGCGUUGGUCCUGAUGGCCCUGCUGGUCCUUCUGGUGCUCCUGGUCCCCCUGGUGUUAUUGGAUCCCGUGGUAUUGUUGGUCUUUCUGGACAGAGGGGAGAGAGAGGUUUCUCUGGACUCCCUGGACCUUCUGGAGAGCCAGGAAAGCAGGGACCCUCUGGCCCUGUUGGUGAGCGUGGACCUCCUGGACCUAUGGGCCCCCCUGGACUGAGUGGAGCUCCUGGUGAAGCUGGUCGUGAGGGUAACACUGGACAUGAUGGUCCACCUGGUCGUGAUGGUCCACCUGGACCCAAGGGAGAUCGUGGUGAGAAUGGUAAUGCUGGUCCUCAUGGUGCUCCUGGAGCUCCUGGUGCCCCUGGCCCCAUGGGUCCAGCUGGCAAGAAUGGUGAACGUGGAGAGGCUGGUUCUGCUGGUGCAGCUGGUCCUUCUGGCCCCGCUGGUGUCCGUGGUCCUCAGGGUCCUGCUGGUUCUCGUGGAGACAAGGGUGAAGCCGGUGAGACUGGAGAGAGAGGCAUGAAGGGACACCGGGGAUUCUCUGGAAUGGCUGGAGUUCCUGGACCUCCAGGAUCUCCUGGUGACCAAGGACCUGCUGGACCUUCUGGACCCGCUGGCCCUCGUGGACCUUCUGGCUCUAAUGGUGCACCUGGUAAGGAUGGUAUGAAUGGUAUUCCUGGACCCACCGGACCCCCUGGACCUCGUGGUCGCUCUGGAGAAAUGGGAUCUGCUGGUGCUCCUGGUAUUCCUGGACCUCCCGGCCCUCCUGGACCUCCUGGUAUCGGUGAGUCCUUCAUGCACAUGCCCCAGCCCGAGAAGGCUGCAGAUCCUAUGCGUGGAGGCUACAGGGCUGAUGAUGCUAGCGUCCGCGACCGUGAUGCUGACGUUGACACUUCCCUGAAAUCCCUGAGCCAGAAGAUUGAGAACAUCCGCAGUCCUGAAGGAACCAAGGCCAACCCUGCUCGCAUGUGCCGUGACCUCAGGAUGUCCCAAUCUGACUGGAAGAAUGGUUUUUACUGGGUGGACCCCAACCAGGGCUCUCCUCUGGAUGCCAUCAAGGUCUAUUGCAACAUGGAGAAUGGUGAGACCUGUGUCAACCCAUCUCAGGCCACCAUACCCAUGAAGAACUGGUACACUAGCAAGAACAGUGUGAAGAAACACGUUUGGUUUGGAGAGUCCAUGCCUAAUGGCUUCCAGUUCCAGUAUGGCAGUGAGGGCUCAGAUCCAGAAGAUGUCAACAUCCAACUAACCUUCAUGCGCCUGAUGUCCAACGAGGCAUCUCAGAACAUCACCUACCACUGCAAGAACAGCGUAGCCUACAUGGACGAGGCCACAGGCAACCUGAAGAAGGCUCUGCUCCUGCAGGGCUCCAACGACAUCGAGAUCAGAGCAGAGGGCAACAGCCGCUUCACAUACAGAGUCAGCGAGGAUGGCUGCACGUCACACACUGGCACAUGGGGCAAGACAGUCAUUGACUAUAAGACAACGAAAACAUCUCGUCUGCCAAUCAUUGAUAUCGCUCCUAUGGACAUUGGUGCUCCCAAUCAGGAAUUCGGUGUAGAAGUUGGCCCAGUCUGCUUCUUGUAAAAAUAAAAAAAUCUGGACAUGACUUAGCUGUUUUUUCCUAGCUCUUCAAAUCUUUUCCUGUUCAUAAACAAACUCUUAUUCGGCUUCAAUCGGUCCAUGCACUUAAACCUGAAUCUCUGAGGACGGUGCUUUUUGUGAUUUCCAUCUUGAGAAACCUUCUUAAAACAAUGUUUAAAAGAAAAUCCAGGACCACUACAUUAGCCCCUCAUCGACAGCAUGGACACUUAGUGAGAAUCCUUUGCGUCAACUGACAACAAGAAAAUAAUAUAUACUUGUAAAAUGCCCCACCCCCUGGAGUCCAAUGAAAAACAAGUCAGCUCAUGUGACUUUUUUGCCAUUUUUUUUGACCACUCCAAAAGGACAAUGAAAAACAAGCAAAUGCUAAUGUACCAUUCUCUGGUGUUGAAUAAAUAUGACAAACGACAGCCAAGUGUCUUGUUCAUUCUAACCAAAAGUGAGAUAAAACAUCACAUAAGUUAGGUAAAAUGGUACGCGGUACACCUUCAUCUUCAUUUAAAGGCUACCUCAGGACAAAAAAGUGCAUGCAACUUCAAGUUUUGGGGAAUAUGAGGGCAGUUGUUUUUAACUCUAGCGAGGAUCACGAAGUAAAAACAAUAGGCAAGAAAAGGUGCUACAUCCUCUUUAGGUCCUGUCUGUGGUGUGUAUGUAUUUAAAACAAAAAUUCAUUUUUACUGUCACUUACACUUGCAGGGCCUUUUUGGUGCUAAAUGUCAACAGAAUGUCUUGGUGUCAAUGUGAUGCAAUUGCUUUUAUCAAAGUGUCAGCUAAGAAGGAGAGAAAAUAGCUGGAUAGAAUGGUUACUGUAUAUUUGCACUUAAUCUGAAAUGGGUUAAGUGGAUGGACUGAUUGCCAGUUUGUCUCAUUUCUAAGACCCAGCCAACCCCCCCGCCCCGCCCCACACACACGCCUAUAAUUCUGACGUUUCCACAGAAGUCUUAUUUGUGUCUGUACACUCCUCACCUCAUUUCCAGAUUUUAUUUCUACUUUCCAAAUCCAGUGCACACCUUUUUGUCUAUUUUAUUUUUUGUUUGUUUAAUUUUUUUUUUUUGUGAAAAAGAAAAAUAAGCGGGAAAAAAGAAAACCACAGAAGAAAUAGACCCUCCAAUGGUUCCAACAAAGGAUCUGUACUUAUUUUGUACAUGUAUAGUAUUUCAAGAUGUUUUUAAUUAUUUUGGAUGUUGAAAUAAAGCAUGUUUAUGUGGUCAACUGGA